UAGGGCAGCAGAUGACCCGGCGCAUCAGCGAGGAGCACAACAGUCCUCUCCCUGACAAAUGAAAGGAUGGGGGGCAUCAGCCGCAGCUGAGUUCCGAAAGGCUGGAUCAGGGAGUGAAGGGAGACAGCGCCUUUCUUCUAACUCUUGGGUGACUUUUUUCUGGAUUUCUUUCCCACUCCACUCCACAACAACAUGCCAUUUGCCAAAAGAGUUGUGGAGCCCCAGUUAUUGUGCAGGUAUCAAAACCCAAUCGAGGAGGAGGUUCUGCUUUUCGAGGAUCUGGUCUCCAUCAGUAACGUGGCUUUGUCCCGGACCCUGCGGCAGCUGUCGGACCUGGCCAAGCACGCCUGCUCCAUAUUCCAGGAGCUGGAAAACGACUUGGCGUUCACCAACCAGCGGGUCAGAGGGCUACAGGGGAAAAUUACCCAACUCCAACAGAGCUGCUCCGAGCUGGACCCUAAACAGGAGGCAGUGCCAGUGUCCAAUCUGGAUGUGGAGAGUAAGCUGACGGCACAUUUCCGAGCUCCGUGGCGUCUCCAGAGGAAUGUUUUGCACCCCUCAACACGGCCAGCAUGUGUAGAAGAGCUGCACAGGCAAGCCAACCACAGCCUGUGGUCGCUAAACCAAGAUCACCAGAGGAGGGAGCAGAGAGUGACCAUCUCAGCCCUUCCCCCGAUGCCCAUGUACCCCUCCCCUCUCAUCGAGCAGAAGCAAGACAGUCGGGGCAAAGGUUUGACUGUGUUUGACUCCACCCGCUCCUCCUCCCCCACCGAAUGUUGCCGCCUCUCUCCCUGGAGAAGAAAGGCUGCGCCUACUGACCCCGACACUGACGGGGUGGCUUUAGGUCACCGGUCCAAGUCUCCCAUCCCUAACACCCCUUCCACCCUGGACAAGCAGACUAACUGGUCUAGAGCUCUGCCGCUGCCCACCCCGGAGGAGAGGAUGAAAACCAAUUCCCAAGUCAUCGCCUCAUGCAUCAUUCCUAUUAAUGUGACCGGGGUUGGCUUUGACAGAGAUGCUAGUGUCCGCUGUUCACUCGUUCACUCACAGUCUUUGCUUCAGAGGAGGCGGAAGCUGAGGAGACGGAGGACAGUCGCCGGUAUUCCCAGACAGGUGCAGCAGGAUUUUGACUUUGAUGAGCGGACAGUCAUUGUUCACACCACUGCUGAUAUAUCUCCCACUGAGGAGCUGACCAUCCAUCUGACCACCAGAGACUCAGGUUGCCAGACCGAAGACUUUCUUAUCUCAGGAGCGCCGUCUCGGAGAAGGAUCAGGGUCCAGAGAAGUCAGGGAGUGUCACUCCUACUCUCCCACUCAGCAGGCAACAUCUCCUACCUGCCUGACAGUCCUGACACCAUGUUUUCUGGCUCAGUGGGAGCCCGGCUACGGUCACGGAGUCUGCCCAGAGACAGCAGCAGAAUGAUGAUGAUAAUGAUGGACAAUGAGCAUAAUGACAGUGAUGAAGAGGAUGAGCUGGCCCCCUUUAACUCUGAGGCUUUCCUACCUGGACACAAUGAGAUGAUAAUGAAAGAGGAAGAAGAGAGCACCGAUGACCAGGCCAUGUCCGGGCGGCAGCUGGGGGGCCAGAAGUACACGCAGCUGUCGGAGAGUCCAGAAUGCAGCUGGAUGGAGCACACCAGGGCUCAGCUACCCAGGAAAGCCGACAUGGGCAGUUGUGAAAUCUCAUCCAGUUCGGACACCUUCAGCAGCCCUGUUCACUCUGUCUCAGCUGCAGGGGUGCUGGGAAGUCAGAUGGACCAUAAGGACGACCACCAGUCCUCCAGCGGGAACUGGAGUGGGAGCAGCUCCACCUGCCCCUCUCAGACCUCAGAAACAAUCCCCCCUGCAGCCUCCCCUCCCCUGACCGGCUCCUCGCACUGUGACUCUGAGUUGUCCCUUAAUGCUGCCACUCAUGCUGUGGAAGACCAGACCAUCUUCAUGCUAGACAACUACCAAGGCCUCAGAACCCAGCGAGCAGGCUCCUUCUCCUCAGCAGUUAUGGAUAUACUAGAGGAGGUGGGAGUGAGUACACCCGUGGAGGGGGAGUGGGAUUACCCUCAUGCAGAGCCGUCUCACUCUCAGGAUUUAAGCCCUGAAGCAGGCAGGGAGGCUGGUAGCAGCCUAGGCUGCCCCAGCUUCACCAGCAUGGCCACCUGCGAGAGCAGCUUCUCCGACAAACCUCCAUCAGAGAAAGCAGACACUGUCUCUUACUACUCUGUGGACACCGAAGGUUACUACACCUCCAUGCACUUUGACUGCGGUCUGAAAGGUAGCAAAAGCUUCACCUACAACUAUGCACACACAGGUUCUGACUGCGGUUUGUCUGAUUUAAGUGGCCAUCUGACAGUGGGGAGACGCUGCCUCUCCUUAAGAAAAGCAAAGGUGAAGCCGUCCCCGCCAAAGAGGAGUUCCUCCUUGAGGAAAAUAUGCAGUGAGGGAAACAUCCCCGACAAGAGAGAACCAAAGAUUAAAUACAGACAGCCGCUGUCUCUGUCGCAUGAGGAGAGGAAAAUGCAGCUGGCUCUAUCCGAAUCAGAGGGUCACAUAGAAAACCCUUCACCAGUGCAACAGCCCCUCGAGGUCUGGGGGAUUGAAGGCACAUCAGAUCUUACUGAUUUAGGUGUUUUAAGCUCCAAAGAUGCACAUUCCUUCAAGGACAAUGGCAUUGUGCAGUCAGACUAUGCAGAUCUUUGGCUUCUAAAUGAUUUAAAGUCCAGUGAUCCCUAUCGAUCGUUAUCAAACUCUAGCACAGCCACAGGUACAACUGUAAUCGAGUGCAUCAAGUCACAGGAAAGCUCAGAGUCCCAGACAUCCCAGUCUGACUCCGGAGCCACCACCCCUUCACUUCCAUCUGCAGAAGGCGAGUUCAAGUUGAAUUCCCCAGAUAAGCUGGCGGGACUGGCAAGCCCAUCUAGUGGUUAUUCCAGCCAGUCUGAAACCCCCACCUCCUCGUUCCCCUACACUUUCUUUCCUGGACCACUGUCACCAGCCAGUGGGAAGAGAAAGCCCAAAGUCCCAGAGAGGAAGUCCUCUCUUUCCUCUCUGUCUCUGCAAGCACGAUCCGGCAGGGACAUAGCAACCUCGAAGAAAGACCUGGAGCUGCCGAUGAUUCCUCCUUCUCAUUUUGACUUAAAUGCCCUUCACAGUCCAAGCAACAAGGACUUAGCUUACACGAACCAGUUAAUAAACCAUCACCCAAUCAAACAAAAAGAUGUGCUGAAUGCCAAACCUGUUAGUUCACCAAACGUAGAGUCCUUCAAUGCCCACUCUAUGUCCAUAACACCCUCAGUGCUACAAAAAGUGCAGCUUCGAUCCAUCAGCAAGCAGCUUGAAGACCUGCACGAGAACAAAGCAACUUCGAGACUCCAGUGUCCGUCUGGGAUCUCAACCAGCAGUACAUCCUUAGAUCUCAAGACUCCCUCACUGCGCAGCGCUCAUAAUGAUCAUGUUUCAUCAAACAGCUCAAUGCAAGUAUCAAAUGAAGGGGAGAUGUGUAACACAAGCAGAGAGAUAUUUUCAGCGAGCACGGCAGCUGUUGGACUGCAGUCAGAAGCAUGUUUAGACCAGAAAGGUUCUAAAAUCACCCAGACACUGACUGUUCAUGAAGCACAGCAGCGCUCAGAGUCACCGGUAACAUCCGUCUGCUCUGGAGAAUCCAGCCCACAUAUGGAAGGUUCAGCCCAGCAGCACACCAAACUACCUGAAGCAGAAAUAUGUUCCUGCUCUCCAGUUUUACACAGCUCACCCAAGAGGUCCAACUGUCUUGAUAAAGUGCCUGCUACUGACAGUCCUCUGGAGACGUCGCAGGAGAGCUCCAUCAGCAAUGAAGGCAGAAACGAAGGGGGAAAUGAUUUAUCAGGUGUUUCAGCCAAAAGUGCCUCACAGAAUGGGAAAGAGGAAUCCACAGAGGAGGCUGAGGAUUGUUUUAGUAAAGACUGCACAGCAAGUGACAACUCUACGUCUUCACAGCAUGAUGAGUCAAAAAAAGAGGAUGACGGUGUGUUUCUGUCACCCACCAAGUCCCGCACCACUGAGGAUCUCUUUGCUAUGAUUCACAGAUCCAAAAGGAAAGUCUUGGGGAGGAUGGACUCCACUGAGCUUGCAACGAGGACCCGCCUCAGUGCCUCAUCAGGGAACACAACGCCCAGCAACAAUGUCAGCUCCCCCGUCUCUGUGGCAUCCCCUGCCCCUGCUGUGACCCCUCCUGCCCCACACAGAGUGUCGGGGCCCAUCUACAGAAACGCAAAAAAGUCCAGCACCUCCAACGAAGAUUUCAAACUGCUGCUGCUUAAAAAGGGGAGCCGCUCGGACUCCAGUUACCGCAUGUCAGCUGCUGAGAUCCUGAAGAGCCCCAUCACUCCUAAGUCACCUGGAGAUUUUCUGGCUGAGUCACCCAGAUCGUCAGAGGAGCCCGCCUCACCCCUACAGGAGUUAUUGUUAGACCAAGAACAGCUUUCCAGCCCCUACCCCAAAGCCAAUGCCGAGGGCUUCUCCCCCAAAUCCUUCCUUACGUCUGCAGCUUCCAGGCAGGGGCGCUCCAGGAUCCCGCCGCCUGCCAGCAGCAGCCGCUACAGCGCUCGCAGCCGGCUGUACUCAUCGCCCAUGCAGGCCAUCUCUGAGGGUGAGACUGAGAACUCUGACGGAAGUCCUCACGAUGACCACUCCACGUAGGAAACGGAGCAGAGGAGAAAUAAAUAUACAAGUUUACAAAGAGGACUAAUGGACCAUAAUGAAAUAUAACAUAUAAAUAUAUCAAAUAUGCAGAAGGCAGGAGAAGAGAUUAAAGAAUUUUAAACCAUUUUUAUAAAAAAGUCAAUCAAAUUCCUAGCAAUUUUAAAAUAUUUUUCUUUUUAUAAUUCUGUCCACAAAAUGUAGCUGUUUUAUACAAACUGUGUUUUAAAAACAAAUCCCUGUUGCUAGAAAAUGCCUUUAUUCAAAAAAAGAAGACAUCCGAAAUCAAAAUAUCCAUUCUGCCUAAUUUAAUUCUUAGCAUUGCUGUUUAGAGUAGAGAUGCACCAAUCACAAUUUUUUUGAUAAUUUCCAAUCUUUUGGUUUUUGUAAAGCCUGUCAAUACUGACUUUGCGAUUUCUAUUAAAGAGCUGUAUUUGAGGAAGGUUAAUAUGCAUUGCACAGCUUGCAUUACAAGGAGAGCUGUAUCCCUAAAUAUUCCUUAAGAGAUUUUGAAAACGCUGCUGACAUUUCAAAAUCUGGGAUGUUCUAUGACUAACAAAGGUCAAAAACUCAGUAGGACGAACAGAGCAACUUUGAUCCGUCCCGUUGAGACUUCUUGGUAUCUGCUGAAAGUCUCGCUCCAUCACAGCCAGAAUUAACCGCAGAUAUGUCCCACUCGACUUUCUUUAUUAUGUAUACUAUUAGCUAACUUUGAGCCUUAUUCUGACAGUAACAUAUAUUAUAUUUGGUACGUAAUUUAAUCGAAUAAAGAUCGGACUUUUGAUUUUCCGACCUCCCUGCCACUGGUCAGGGCCAAUUGAGCUUAGAACUGCAGACUUUCUUGGUGCAUCUCUAGUUUUAAAGCAAUGUUGUGUUUGAUUAGUUUAAGCCAUGUAAACCCAACCUCUCUGACUGGCCUGCUUUGUGACAGCGCAUACGCUUCAUCUUAUCUAUUCUGUUGGUAGAUAAAACAUUUUUUGAAAUGCAUAAUAAUUGACCUUCAUUUUAUAUCCUGUAGAUGCAGAUUUUUACCUUUAUGUAUUCUGUGAAUACCUAUGCAAAAAGACAGACAACUUUUACAUUUCCUUACGUCACUUGUCCUAAGUGUUACUUUUUCCCACCCAUCAGAAAAUCAACACUAGCCCCAGAGAAAUUAUCCCAUUCAUAUUUCCAUGCAUAUGGUUAGUAACAGCAGUUAAAAUACCUUAUUUUAACAUCUAAAUAAACUAGUGAUACAUAUGAUAAACAGCAGCUAUUCUUACUGCAUUUUACAGUCAUCUUGUGAUAAAUAAGAGAGUUACCAGUGAUAGACGGGAACAGUCUAAUCCAAACACCAAGCUGACAAUCUCUGGAGACAAGGAAGAUGCAGGUGUUAUCAUGGGACGUGAAAAAGUGCUCAAAAAGCUGGAGGCAGUGGAAUUGAACCGCAGAAAGAUGCAAUUAGAAGGUCAUAUGUUUAAAAAACAAUGGUUGUUUGUGGCUGAUGAUGUGGCGUGUUUUUGAAUAGUCAAAAGAGGCGGGUGGAAAGUGCUCAGUAGGAUCAAAGAUGCCUUACUUUACUCGACAGGAAACAAAAGGUGACAAAACAUUUUCCAGGUUUCUAGAUAGAGGAUGUAAAAUAUGGGGCCAGGUUAUCAAGAAUGAGAAGAAUCAGUUUAGGCUUUGGGCAUUUGCUGCUGUCUUGUGCCAAAUGUUCUUUGGCACCUCCCUACCCCCGUGAAAUAUUUAACAGACAUUUUCUGUGUUGUUAACCAUUGAAAUAUAUUUAUUUUUAUAUUAGACUGAUGCCCCAAGAUCUGUUUUUUUUUUUUUUUUUUUUCAUUUAUUAAAGUAAAAGUGACAUUGUAGCAAUGAAUUGCUGGUAUUUUGACAACAUAUUUUAUUGAGAUACCUAUUUUCUUAAUAAGAGACACAUUUUAGUUGCUGUUCAUACACUGGUUGCAGAGACAAAUAGAAAAGUGGUAUUUUAUGAUGCAAACAAUAGAUUAUACAAAGAGCUAUAAGCUAUAGUAGGUGAUGCUACCCAACCAGUAUGCAAAGCUGACAGAAUCAUUGUUGGUGUCGGUAGAUUUUGAUCUCAAUAACACUCCAUACAUUACACAGACACAGGGAGCACAGCGAGAUAAGCCUCUCAACUUUCAUUCCAGCAUUUUUCCCCCUUUUUUGCACUGAUGAAGAGAUGUUUGUGAGGUGUAAUUUGCCCCUUACUGCGUGCUGUACCUGGAGAUAUUUAUAGACCCUUCCACUGAGCUGUUUAACUCUUCCUGAAUAAUUUUCCCACUCUGACAUAAUGUGAGAAUGGUGUAGAAUAGAUGCUUCUGCCAAAGGCUGCAGGACAUGUACAGGACCUGUUUGGGGCAUUGGACUGUUUUAUUUGUCUUUCGUUACUUGACUGAAAUGUUCUUGAAAACACAAAGCAGUACUAAAGCAGAGUCACAUCUUAUGGUACUAGAAGCAUUGAGAAUUGGACAUCAAAUGACCCUAUACAAACAGUACUGUAUGUCUGUGUGUGUGUGUAGGGGGGUCUCUGAUUUUUUUUGGUGUACAAAACUGUAAAUACAUGAACUGUUCUGAAAGAUCACAAAAGAUAUCUUAAUUGUCUCUAAUGUAAAAAAUGAUGAUUUCAGAGUUUACAUUGAUUUCAGACCUUUGUAUAUUUUUGAGUUGUGGAACACUUUGUCUUGUAUUUAUUUUUUAGUAAGCAUUGUGGGAAUCCCAUAGAAAAACGUGUACUGCGAAAGCACAACACUUCUGCUGCUUAGCAAAAUGUGUAUGAACAGAUAAAUGUGACUGCUUUAAAAAAUA